AACUUCCUGAGAGCUGGGCUGAUAUGCAGGAGCCACUGCUUGAGGGGAUGUGCUUCACGCUCAAGUAUCUAGGCAUGACGCUGGUAGAAAAACCCAAAGGAGAAGACAUGGCUGCUGCUGCCAUCCGCCGGAUCGUUGCCACGGCACGGGUGGGAGCUCGCAAGUUCCAGAAGGUGAUUCUGACGGUGUCUCCGAGGGGCAUCUCGCUGCAGGAUGCAGACACAAAGGAGAUGGUUGAGAACAUCUCCAUCUACAGGUGGGCAUG